CAUCCAUCCAGGGAUAGAGACGAUGCUUAAUAACGCCAUACAAUAGGCUACUACAUAUCAGGACCCUCUGCAGUCAGUUGUAUGCCUUCUAAUGAUUUGAGCCGUGAUGAAGUUCAGUGAGACACUCCUCCUUCUCAGCCUGUCUCUACUAAGCUGUGGCUCUCGCCGGGAUCCAGAAUGUUCCAGCGUGAGCUUGUGGGGGAAGAUGGCUGACUUCACAGGGGAGUGCAGUUACUGGCAGCUGAGUCCGGACCUCUCCAUCCCUGCCCUGGAGGAGCUCAGCGUGUGUGUUCACCUCCAGCGGCACAUCAGCACACCAGCCUGGACAGCCUUCAUGUACCGCCACCCUGACGGGCUGCAGGCUGAGCUGGGCCUGGCGGGUCAGGAGGGCCUGGUCCACACCUGGCUGUUUGGGAUGAGGUGGUCAGCCCCCCUCCACCUCCCCCUGGGCCACUGGCACUACGUCUGUAUAACCUGGUCUGGGGCUUCUCACCAGCCAGCCCUCUACGUCAAUGGGACCAGUGUGGAUGUUACAGCCCAUGCUAACGAAUCCCCCCUGUCCCCGUCCUGCUGCAGGCUGGCCCCGCACGGCACGCUCAGCCUGGGUGUCUCCCACUACUUCAUCCAAGGGGAGAUGCAUGUGGAAAACGGUACCAACCUCAAUGGGAGUGUUUCUCUGUUCCGCGUGUGGGGGCAGGCACGCACCCCUGAACAGGUGUCGGACCUGAGCUGCACAGAGGGGGAUGAGGUGCGCUGGGAUGCUGUUGACUGGCUUACCCUGAGCUGCCCUCCAGUCCCAGACUCCCAUCUACAGUGUGGUGAGGCAGGAAACCAUUAACAUUUUAUAUACAUUUUGAUUGUCUAUAAAUGUAUAUUGAAUGUCAUUCUCUAUGGAAAAACUGAUUGGUGUUCGCUUUAAUGAGCAGCCUUUUUUGUCAUGUUUCCACGUCUCUGGCGGCCUCAUCUCCUGUUCCUGUUACGUGACUGGAAAAUAUUGAUCUUGUGAACCCAUUUUAAUGGCGCACACACAGGGUGCAUAAUUAAACUUGUUAAACAUCAAAGCUUACUGCAGAUGUUUUCAUGUUGUUAGAGAUGGUCCUUUAACAUUGUAUUAAGUACACUGAACAAAAAUAUAAAUGCAACAUGUAAAGUGUUAUUCCCAUGUUUCAUGUGUAGAAAUAGAAGAUCCUGGAAAUGUUCCAUACACACAAAAAGCUUAUUUCUCUCAAAUGUU